AUGCCCAUCAAGCUCUUCGACCUCGUGCCCCAGCCGAGCGGCGUCUUCUUCUCGCCCUCUUGCCUUCGCACUCGCCUCGCGCUCAUCCACAAACAGCUGCCGUUCGAAGUCGAGGAGGUCACGUACCACGACCUGCGCUUUAUUUGGAAGGACAGGCUAGAAGUGCAGAAGGCUACCACCCCCAUCAUCCAGCGCGAGGAUGGCUCAUACUUGAUGGACAGCGACAAGAUCGCCGCGUAUCUUGACAAGGAAUACCCGGACAGGCCGAACCUCUUCAUCCCCGAAGCAAUUGCGCCUGUCGACCUCGUCUCUGCCGGAUACUCGCAGGCAAAGCAAGCUGCUGCCGAUUACCAUGCCCAUAUGACGCCGCAUCGUUCGGUUUGGGGCAUCUUCGCUCCUCUUAUGGCGAAGCUGUUCGAUGGAGAGACGAGGGCUUACUGGACUAGUGAUGCGAGGCUCGGAGAAGGUGUUUGGGCCAAGGUGUCGUCCAGGACGGAGCAGGAGAGAGCCGAGAUCGUGAAGCAGUUACACGAGCGGAUCAAGGAAGCCACGGCCGACAAGCUUGCGAACGGAAACCUCUUCUUCACCUCGCCCUCGAAGCCAGGCUACACCGAUUUCUACGUGCUGUCUGACUAUCGCCUCCUGCGUUCCGUCUCCCCCAAACUGGCUUACGACGUGUACGAGGCAGACGAGCGCUGUGCUGCAUGGCUGGAGCGGAUGAAGCAGGCGUACCCGAUGCCGGAAGUGUGGGAGAGGGAUCCGAAGGAGUAG